AUGGUGAGAGAUCAGAAUAUGUUACGCAAGAAAAAAAUCCUAAACGAUUCUAAAUGUAUUUUAAACGAGACGUUAAGUAACGAUUACGAAGUUCUGUCGUCAGCGGUGUCAGAAUCUAAAUAUAUUUUCACGGGCCGUGUCCUCAGCGUCAGGAAGAUAAGGCGAGGUAGCAAACUUAGACCGAGAAUAUUCAUGUCCUACAAACUAUAUAUACGGUUGAUAAUGAAAGGGGAUGUGGCGGAGUUGAAAAGUCACGUUUUGUUAGGAGAUGGUCGGACUUUGAAUGGGGCAAUUGUGAUUGUUGACUGGCUGCGAACGAGUAAGUGCGCUUAUAAAUUAUACAGACAUUCUUCAGGCAUAUUUUUGAGCGACGGCUUUUACGAGAAGUACAGCUGGAAGAUGCCUCGACUUCGAUUAUUGUACGAGCCACUACCACUGUCACUUUACGAUUUGGACAGAGUGAAUGCCGCAUUAAAAGGUAAAUGUUUACAAUUCUAUUAUGUUAAGUUUUAUGUCACUAACUGA